CUACUCUGUAAACAAGACUUCUGUUCAAAUAAUGAUAAAAAUUUUAUCUAUGUUUGUAUCUACAUUAUACAUUCGCAAAACGGUUUGUCAACGCGAGUGGAAUACAUUUAUUUAUCAAAUCACUGAAUGCUAAGUGCAACGUGAAAUGCAAAUUAAUUUGUUGCUAUUUAUUGAGCAUACAAAUUAAUCAAAAUAUAACCUCUAUGUGGAGACGUAAAAUAUAACUUACCUCAGGUUUUUCUUCAACUUUUUACAUAUUGAGACAGAAAUCAGCCAUUUCUUCGCUUUAAUGGGUUUGGUCUCAUCAGAAGAUGGGGAGUUAGACAGCUUUUCCUUCCACAAGUUCAGUGGUCCUGUUAGUGGGGAAGCGAGAAGAAUUAUAGUUCCUAAUACAAACCAUAACCAACAGGGAAGCCAAAGCGUUGAUUUUAUAGCAAAACCAGAUUACUCAUUCACAUACGGAGUUCACGAUGGCGAAUCUGAAAACUCCCAGACACACCGCGAGUCUAGAAAUGGCGACGAAGUUCACGGAGAAUACAGGGUGUUGCAACCAGAUGGACUUGUGAGGAUAGUGCGGUACACAGCAGAUCCAUCAACAGGGUUCAAAGCUACGGUUGAGUACGCCCCACUCUGAUAUUUGAUUUGACCAAAACUUUAGGUAUUAUUUAUUCCAAAUUUUAUCCACCAGGGAAAAAAUAUAGGGCUGGGUUUGUUAGCCCAAAAAUGGACCGUGAUAAGAAAUAUGAAAAAUAUUACUCUUUUGUUAUUGUAUACUUUUUAUUCGAUAUGAUAUUAUGAAUAAGUCCGUGGAUAAAAACGGCUUGUGAAUUUGUGAUAUUUUUGUAGUAUAACAAGAAACAUAUGAUAUUUUUAAAUUCAAAGGGGCGUGUUGGAAUCUGUGAAAUGUAUUGAAACCAAAUGAUGAAUAAUAAGAUCAAAU